AAAAAAGUGCCAAUAUUCUGUCUUUUUUAAUCCUAUUUUCCGAUGCUUAUGGCUCAAAGAGAGUUGUUCUAAAGUCCAUAUUGUUCUGUUAAUUUCAACAUUGAAUUGCAGAGUAGCAGUUAUGGGGGCCUCAGAAUCCACUGUCUCGAGUUCGCAGCAGGCACUGGCCGAUGAGAUCACCACCGUUUCCGAGCGAUCGCAAGGCGUCGAUCCCAUUUUGGAAAGGCUUAAAUCCCUUCAAAUUUCAAGGCCAAUUCUGACGUCGCCUCCGACGGAGGAGGGCAGCUUGACUGACAUUUUGAUCAGGAAGCCGUCAUCUUCAUCAGCUCAUGCUACUGUGAAUCCAAAGGUGCUACUGGAGCUCUUCUCAAUGUAUCGUGAAUGGCAGGACGAGAAGGCCCAACAGAUUAGCAAGAAACAGGAAGAGAUUGAAAAUAAGAUAGAAGUUGCGGAUGCUUUGGCAACCAAACUUCAUCAACGGUUUAAUUACUCAGUGUCAGCAAUGAAGACUACUUCACAACAUCUUUCAGAAGUUCAUGCACUACAAGUGGAGAUUGGGGAGCUGAAAGGGAGGUUGACUGAGGUUAUCAGCAAUUGUGAUGCAUUGUGCAAAAGAAUUGCUAUGGAGGGGCCACAAUCUCUUCGGUCAUCUGUUAAGCCAUUUGCUGUUGCUACUGCUGACUCAGAUAUCAGCUGUAAACCAGCUUCCCAGUUAUAUCUAAAAAGAUCACCUUCGAACGAAAACAAAUCAGACUAACUUUCACAUUCUAACCCAUUCCAUUUGCUUGUAUAUAGUCAUUCCCUAACCCUUGCUGGUUCACUUUGGAAAUGAAGGAUGUAAAAUCCAUUUCAUUUCAAAUUAUUUUUAUAUAGAAGAAUUGUCACUUUUUAUAUCUUAUGUUUUCAAUAUAGAUUGAAUUCAUUUUAAAUUAUGAAACCAUUGUGAAAAUUUUAUAAAUGCUACAAUUUUUAGAUUUA